GCUCGCGAUGUCCGUAUCUCAUCUCUGCGAUAAAUAUUCUGCAAGUGCGUCGUUAAAAAUGAUUAAAGCAGACUUGGGAAAUCUCAGAUCUCAUUUGGGUACUCUCUCGCUAGAAGUGAAGAAUGUAAUGGAGAUGCGCGAUGAGCUGAAGAGUAAAUUGAAGGAAGUAGGCAGCGUGAUUCCAAAAAUAUCAGAAGCCAUUCUCAACUUGAGGAAUGAAGUUUCCGAGGGCGGUGCGAUCCUUUCGACACGAGACACCGAACCAUACUCGACCGGUGCACCUGUGCUCAAUCUAUUCGGCAUACCGCUUUGUCAACAGCAGAACACACCCCGGGCUGUAAUACAGACCGGCGUUUUGCCGGGCGAAUGCUGGGCCUUCAAGGGCAGUAGCGGCAGCGUGGUAAUUCGAUUACUCGGCUACGUGCACGUGUCCGGAGUUAGCCUUGAACACAUCUCUUCAUUGAUAUCCCCUACUGGGGAAACUGCUACGGCGCCGAAAGAUUUUUCUAUUUGGGGUUUGUCAGAUCCGGAUGAUAAGAAGCCUUUUUCAUUUGGCAGUUUUACAUACGACAAUACUGGUUCGCCGUUGCAGUACUUCGAGGUCCAGAAUCGAGCAAAAAAGACGUAUGAUAUAAUUGAGAUGAAAGUACAUUCUAAUAGUGGCAAUCCAGAGUAUACGUGUAUCUACAGAAUACGGGUGCACGGGACACUUAGUGAAACAUAAAUGUAUCAAGUACAUGAAGAGUGCAAAUUCUCAGCCAUUCUGGUGUUAAGCGCAAACUCCAUGGAACCACUACGCACCAAAGUGUUUCCACCGAAGUCCUCAAUGAUGAAGUAA